ACGCGGAUAGCGAUACUAGGGCCGCGAUGGUCCAGCUGCGGCUAAUAGAUCUACCGCAUUAGGAAGCGGCCAUCGAACCACGCGCCUAAAUAAUCUACCAACAAUAAGGUUGAGUGUGUACAUGGCAGUCAAUAUAACCCGCAGGUGUUACUUCAAACGCAGAAACCACACCGACGAACUUAGCGAGCCGCACCGAACCCACUAGACCCAAUGGCUGCCUCGAGACCCCGCAUACUGUUCUUCAACCCUGUCCGCCACGCACGACAGGCAUACGAAGCACUCCAGAAAGUAGCUUCCACAGAAGUGGUUUCAAGCUCUUCGCGCCAGGAGUUCUUCGCGGAUGUUCGAACGAAGUACACAGAUAUCCAGGCGAUCUACCGGACGUCUGCAAGCGGAGCCGUGGCCGGGAACUUUGACAAGGAAUUGAUUGACCAUCUCCCGCCGUCGCUGAAGUUCAUCUGCCACAAUGGCGCCGGGUACGACCAGAUCGACGUCGAGGCUUGUGCCGCCCGCAACAUCACUGUCACAUAUGCGCCAGACCCCGUCACCAACGCCACCGCCGACUUGACUCUCUUCCUCCUCCUCGGCGCCCUGCGCCAACUGAACCCCUCUCUCCGCAGCUUACGAGAAGGGAACUUCAAGAAAGGCAUCGACUUCGGCCACGACCCACAAGGAAAGACUCUCGGUAUCCUCGGUAUGGGCCGCAUCGGGCGUGCCGUCAAACUCAGAGCAGACCCAUUUGGCCUGAAGGCCAUCUACCACAACCGGACUCCGCUAUCCGACAAACAGGCGUCAGGCGCUGCGUAUGUCUCCUUCGACGAGCUCCUCGCGCACAGCGACAUCAUCUCCGUGCACGUCCCGCUGUCCUCCAAAACGCGACAUCUGAUUGGCGAGGCCGAGAUCGCGAAGAUGAAGAAAGGUGUCGUGAUUGUGAAUACCGCGCGCGGCGCGAUCAUUGACGAGGCAGCGAUGGCAAAGGCGUUGGAUGAUGGGCAUAUCGCGGCUGUGGGCCUGGAUGUGUAUGAGAAGGAACCACUUGUUGCCGAGCGGCUUGUCAAGAACGAGCGCGCGUUGCUGGUACCGCAUCUGGGUACGCAUACGGUGGAGACAUUGGCGCAGAUGGAGGCUCAUGCGAUGGAGAAUGCGAGAAGGGGUGUGUUUGGGGAAGAUCUGCUGAGUGUGGUUCCUGAGCACUUGGCUCGCCGAUAGAUCUAACGAAAUACGAAUACUUCGAAGUUGUUCCUUAAGUCGUCGGGUCGAUGUCGUACUUUGACCGAACAUGAGGACGGCUUCGCUUCUGAUACAGUUGCAAGUCAGAAGAGACGUAG